GCUAUGAAGCCGUACGCACCAGCUUUCAUUCUCCUAUGGAGUGCUGUCGGGAUAGCGAGGGCUGCCAAAAUUGUUGUUGUGCCGCCAAUUAUGUUUGAAAGCCAUCUUUAUAUUUUCAAGACUCUGGCCUCAGCCUUGCAUGACCAAGGUCACCAGACAGUGUUUCUCCUCUCUGAGGGCAGAGAGAUUCCUCCAUCUAAUCACUAUAGACUUCAGCGCUACCCAGGGAUCUUUAACAGCAGCACCUCAGAUGAUUUUCUCCAGUCCAAGAUGAGGAGUAUCUUCUCUGGGAGACUGACAGCCCUCGAACUAUUCGAUAUUCUGGACCACUAUUCCAAGAACUGCGACAUGAUUGUUGGCAACCGAAACCUCAUGCGUGCCCUGAAACAGGAAAAAUUUGACCUUCUCCUCGUAGAUCCCAAUGAGAUGUGUGGAUUUGUUAUAGCUCACCUUUUAGGGGUUAAAUACGCCGUCUUUUCUACUGGCCUCUGGUAUCCAGCAGAAGUGGGUGCUCCAGCUCCCCUGUCCUAUGUUCCAGAGUUUAACUCGCUGCUCACAGAUCGCAUGAACCUGUUUGAGAGGAUUAAAAAUACUGUUGUUUAUGUUAUUUCAAGAUUUGGAGUCAGUUUUUUGGUUCUGCCAAAAUAUGAAAGGAUAAUGCAGAAAUACCAGGUUCUCCCAGAACGGUCCAUGUAUGACUUGGUUCAUGGAUCCAGCCUCUGGAUGCUUUGUACUGAUGUAGCACUGGAGUUUCCAAGACCCACGCUACCCAAUGUUGUUUAUGUGGGAGGAAUCCUAACCAAACCGGCCAACCCUCUGCCAGAAGAUCUCCAAACUUGGGUGAAUGGUGCUAACGAAAAUGGCUUUGUCCUCGUCUCAUUUGGAGCUGGAGUGAAAUACCUGUCAGAAGAUAUAGCAAAUAAGUUAGCACAUGCUCUGGCAAGACUGCCUCAGAGAGUUAUUUGGAGGUUUUCAGGAAACAAACCAAGGAAUUUAGGCAACAACACGAAGCUUAUAGAAUGGUUACCACAAAACGACUUGCUUGGUCACUCUAACAUUAAAGCUUUUCUUAGUCAUGGAGGUUUGAACAGCAUUUUUGAAACCAUGUACCAUGGGGUCCCGGUGGUGGGGAUCCCCCUGUUUGGAGACCAUUACGAUACUAUGACUCGUGUGCAGGCCAAAGGCAUGGGAAUAUUGUUGAACUGGAAGACACUUACUGAGAGUGAAUUGUAUGAAGCCCUAGUAAAAGUUAUUAAUGAUCCCAGCUACCGGCAGCGGGCCCAGAGGCUGUCUGAGAUUCACAAAGACCAACCUGGCCAUCCUGUUAACCGGACUGUAUACUGGAUUAAUUACAUCCUCCGUCACAACGGAGCGCAACAUCUCCGUGCCGCUGUUUACAGCAUCUCUUUCUAUCAGUAUUUCUUACUGGAUAUUGCCUUUGUUGUACUAGUGGGUGCUGCCUUACUUUAUUAUUCUGUGGCCAGGAUGACAAAAUUUAUCCGCAAACAAAGCAAACAUCUUUGGUCAAAUGACAAAUAUAGUGCUGUUAAUGGACAUUGCCAGAAUGGGAUACCAAAUGGCAAGUAUAGAAGAAAUGGCCACAUUAAGCAUGAAAAAAAGGUGAAAUGAGCCAACCGCCCCAUGUAAAGUAGUAAUGAAUCAGAUCAGUAAUCAAAUUUUAUCGCUGUAACUUAGUCUAACAACUACUUAAAACCUCAAUAAGCAGUUCUAAUACUCCCCUACAAUAUGUAAUAUUAUGUGACAAAAUUCUAUGGAACUAAGAAAAGUCUUUAAAAAAAAAAAAGGCAAGCACAACCUAAAAUGGAAAAUAUUUUAUUCUUAGUACAGAUGCAGAAAGGUUAUUUUGGCACUGAAGUUUUUAGAAGCCUUAAUUCUCUAAAGUUAUACAAUGACCGUAUUUAUGAAUUUUCAGUUUUUAAAAGCUAAGUGUUUGUGUCCCAAAUGAGGAGAGUUUUUUUAUUUGCAGAGGUUUUUUCCUUUUAUUUUUUUAUUAUUUUAAUGUAGCCAUCUUUUACCUGAGAGACCCUUAGUGCUAGCUCUGUUUCCUUGAAGGUUCAACAUGUUGUGUAAGAAUGCUGUUUAAAAAAAAAAUUCCCAAUCUUUGUGCAAGAAAGAGCAAUUUGUGGACUAAGAACACAGACACUUCAGAAAAAAACAUCUUGAAAUGAGCACUGAAGAAAAAUGGCAGAAAUAUGUACUCCUUUUACUGUUAAGCUGCAUGACUCUUCUGCUCACUACCAG